UCUCCUCUUUUCCCCUUAAUCAAGUUUCCGGGGUCCUCCCUCCCCGGUGGUCUGCGCCCAGCGGGAGAGAGAGAGGGAGAGAGAGAGAGAGGGCAGUCCACUCGUCGAGUUCCUCCUGAAUUUGGAUCACACAGGCUCCAUGACAGUGAUGACGCCUCCUACUUUGGACCAGGAGGACGAGGAAAUGCUCGUUCCUCAUUCUGAUUUCAACGACGGCCCGCAGUCGAUGGACGUAGUUGUGGCGCAAGGAGAGACCGUGAGCACCGCCGAGAACCAGACGGUCGAGGAGCCCCCUUCGACGCGGUUCACUUGGACGAUCGAGAACUUCUCGAGGCUUAACUUGAAGAAGCACUACUCUGAUAUCUUCGUCGUUGGUGGUUAUAAAUGGAGGAUUUUGAUCUUCCCAAAGGGGAAUAACGUAGACCAUUUGUCUUUGUAUCUGGAUGUGGCUGAUUCGGCAACUUUGCCUUAUGGUUGGAGUCGAUAUGCACAAUUCAGCUUGGCUGUGAUCAAUCAAAUCCAUAACAAGUACAGCAUAAGGAAAGAUACCCAGCAUCAGUUUAAUGCACGGGAGAGUGAUUGGGGUUUUACUUCCUUCAUGCCUCUUGGUGACCUAUACGACCCAGGAAAAGGGUUUCUUGUAAAUGACACAUGCAUUGUUGAGGCUGAAGUUGCUGUCCGCAAGGUGGUUGAUUAUUGGACGUACGACUCAAAGAAGGAAACUGGAUAUGUGGGUCUUAAGAACCAAGGAGCAACAUGUUACAUGAACUCUCUUCUUCAAACAUUAUAUCAUAUUCGCUAUUUUAGAAAGGCUGUGUAUCAUAUGCCCACAACUGAGAAUGAUAUGCCCUCUGGUAGUAUCCCUCUGGCUUUGCAGAGCUUGUUUUAUAAGCUCCAGUACAGUGACAACAGUGUUGCCACAAAAGAGCUGACAAAGUCUUUUGGGUGGGACACAUAUGACUCCUUCAUGCAGCAUGAUGUUCAAGAGCUUAAUAGAGUUCUUUGUGAAAAGCUGGAAGACAAGAUGAAGGGCACUGUGGUUGAGGGCACUAUACAACAGUUAUUUGAGGGCCACCAUAUGAACUAUAUUGAGUGCAUCAAUGUGGAUUACAAGUCGACAAGGAAGGAGUCAUUUUAUGACCUUCAGCUUGAUGUUAAAGGGUGUAGAGAUGUUUAUGCUUCCUUUGACAAAUAUGUGGAAGUGGAGCGCCUUGAAGGUGAUAAUAAAUAUCAUGCUGAGCAACAUGGGCUGCAGGAUGCAAAGAAGGGCGUUCUUUUCAUCGACUUCCCUCCAGUUUUGCAGCUUCAGUUGAAACGUUUUGAAUACGAUUUCAUGAGAGAUACAAUGGUCAAGAUAAAUGAUCGAUAUGAGUUCCCGUUGCAACUGGACCUUGAUAGAGAGAAUGGCAAGUACCUUUCUCCAGAUGCAGACAGGAGUGUUCGGAACCUAUACACACUUCACAGCGUUCUCGUUCAUAGUGGUGGGGUGCAUGGAGGACAUUAUUAUGCUUUUAUUAGGCCAACGCUCUCAGACCAGUGGUAUAAAUUUGAUGAUGAAAGGGUAACAAAAGAAGACACAAAGCGAGCAUUGGAAGAGCAGUAUGGUGGUGAAGAGGAGUUACCACAGACAAAUCCUGGAUUCAACAAUACACCAUUCAAAUUUACCAAAUAUUCAAAUGCGUACAUGCUCGUGUAUAUUCGGGAAAGUGACAAGGAAAAGAUAAUUUGUAAUGUCGAUGAGAAGGACAUCGCAGAGCAUCUGCGGAUUAGGUUGAAGAAGGAGCAAGAAGAAAAGGAACACAAGAAGAAGGAGAAAGCCGAAGCACACCUGUAUACAAUUAUUAAGGUUGCUCGGGAUGAGGAUCUGUCAGAACAGAUUGGCAAGGAUAUAUAUUUUGAUCUGGUAGACCAUGAUAAAGUUCGAAGCUUUCGCAUUCAGAAGCAACUGCCUUUUAGCCUCUUUAAGGAAGAAGUAGCCAAGGAGUUUGGGAUACCAGUGCAAUAUCAACGUUUUUGGCUGUGGGCGAAGCGUCAAAAUCAUACAUAUCGUCCUAAUAGGCCUCUAACCCAACAAGAGGAACUUCAGUCGGUUGGGCAGUUGAGGGAGGUAUCUAAUAAAUCUCAUAAUGCAGAGCUGAAGCUGCUCCUGGAGGUUGAAUUUGGAAUGGAUUGUCAACCACUUCCUCCUCCUGAUAAAACAAGAGAAGACAUUUUACUUUUUUUCAAGCUUUAUGACCCGGAGAAGGAAGAACUGCGGUAUGUAGGAAGGCUGUUUGUGAAAGCUGGGGGUAAGCCUGUAGAGAUUUUAGCAAGAUUGAAUGAAAUGGCGGGCUUUCCAUCAAAUGAAGAAAUUGAGUUAUAUGAGGAGAUAAAGUUCGAGCCUACUGUUAUGUGCGAACAUAUUGACACAAAAGUUACCUUUCGAGCUAGCCAGCUCGAAGAUGGGGACAUUGUUUGUUAUCAGAAAGCUCCUCAGGUUACCAAUGAAAACUGCUGUCGUUAUCCAGAUGUACCUUCCUUUCUGGAAUAUGUUCAUAAUCGACAGCUUGUUCAUUUCCGGUCUCUUGAUAAACCAAAGGAGGAUGACUUUUGUCUAGAACUGUCAAAGUCGCACACAUAUGAUGAUGUUGUUGAGAGAGUUGCACGGCAUAUUGGUUUAGAUGAACCAUCAAAGAUCCGGCUUACAUCUCACAAUUGUUACUCACAACAACCUAAACCACAACCUAUCAAGUAUAGAGGUGUGGAGCAUCUAUCGGACAUGCUUGUUCAUUACAACCAGACUUCUGAUAUAUUAUAUUACGAAGUUUUGGACAUUCCGCUUCCAGAAUUACAAGGUUUAAAGACUCUGAAGGUUGCAUUUCAUCAUUCCACAAAGGAUGAGGUAACCAUUCAUAGCAUAAGAUUGCCAAAAAUGAGCACAGUGGGGGAUGUUAUUAAUGAACUAAAAUCAAAGGUUGAGUUGUCUAGUCCCAUUGCCGAGCUUCGAUUGCUUGAGGUUUUUUACCACAAGAUUUACAAGAUCUUCCCUUUGAAUGAGAAGAUUGAGAAUAUUAAUGAUCAAUACUGGACAUUGCGAGCAGAGGAGAUUCCUGAAGAAGAGAAAAACCUUGGUCCUCACAAUCGGCUGAUACAUGUGUACCAUUUCACAAAAGAUGCUUCACAAAAUCAAAUGCAAGUACAGAAUUUUGGAGAACCCUUUUUCCUGAUCAUACAUGAAGGUGAGACAUUGGCUGAAGUGAAAUUACGAAUUCAGAAGAAAUUACAGGUUCCUGAGGAGGAGUUUGCGAAGUGGAAGUUUGCGUUCAUGUCAUUGGGCCGGCCUGAAUACCUUCAAGACAGUGAUGUAGUUUCAAGUCGUUUUCAGAGAAGAGAUGUUUAUGGUGCUUGGGAACAGUACCUUGGUUUGGAGCACUCAGACACUGCCCCUAAAAGGGCCUAUACUGCCAAUCAGGCACGACAUACUUUUGAAAAGCCGGUGAAAAUAUACAAUUAGAGAAAGGCUGUAAUGAACCUUCACAGUGAUCUUUUGGCCCAACUGGGGCAAAUGGAAUGCCAACAUCUGGUGGUGGUGCAGAAGGAUAGAUCGAAGGCGAAUGGAGCAGUACUGAGGAGUGACUUCAAUGAUUAACCAGUCCUUCAGCAGUUGCUGAAGUAUAUUCUUUCAAGUAUUGGUGGGGAGAGAACCUCCGUGGGAUGUAAGUGCGUGCAUUCAUCUCUGCAGUUCCAUGUACAUCUAUGCAUCUGUCUAAUAUAUUGUUUGUUCUCAUCAUUGUCCUCGAGUUUUUUCUGUUAUUGAGUCUCAACUUUUUGCGUUUUCUCCCCCCUUUUUGUCGUCAGUUUUUAGUUGGGUAGUGGUCAUCCUUCCCACUGUAAUUUAGUUGGCACAUAGAGAAGAUUUUGGACUAGGGUAGUGUAUACAGGUGUAGCUGAACAAUUUUUUUUUCCCCCUUUUUUAUUUGUCUCCGUCCUUUUACGUGAUGAUGGGGCUUGUAUAAGGCUGUUGGGUUGGCUUUUGGUUAUGUAAAAGAAACAUGUAUCUAUUUCUGACGAUCUCAGUUUGGCUUUGUUGCCACACCUAUCA